AUGAAGUUCGGUAAAGAAUUUGCAUCUCAAAUGGUGCCGGAAUGGCAAAACGCAUACAUGGAUUAUCAGUUUCUGAAAUCCCUUUUGAAAGAAUUUCAAGUUUUUAAACAAAGAAAUAAGCCAUCAAUAAAGCAAAAUGGUGGCAUUAAACGAAAUCUUACUCUCUACAGAGCAUUCAGUGGACUAACAACACGCAGAGGCAAUUCUCCUAAACCCCAAAAUCUAUCAGACGUUGAAAGUCAAGUCAUUCUGGUGAAUACAGUGAGAAGAGACGGCGAAGAAGGCUCGGAAACUAUGUUUCUCAAUGCAGCGGAUGAAGGAGGAGAAUAUGAACUGGUUUACUUCAGAAGACUUGAUGACGAGUUUAAUAAAGUUGUUAAGUUCUAUAAAGCUAAAGUGGAGGAGGUGAUGAAGGAGGCUGCUGUUUUGAAUAAGCAAAUGGAUGCUCUAAUUGCUUUUCGGAUUAAAGUGGAGAAUCCAAAAGGGUGGGUGAAUAGCUUGGAGGAGACCGCACAUCUUGCUUCGGAUGUUGCAGCGUCUACAGCUGCACUAUCUGCAUCCACUCCAUCUGCAGCUAGAGCAAGCAGAAGAUUUCCGAUGGACGUGAUAGACGAAGAAGGUUCAAGCAACCCGGGGCAAAUAGAUGAAUCAAGUGAUGAUAAAGAUGCCAUUGAGAUGAAACCAUUGUAUUUAAAUGAUCAAAGGCAUAAUCCUGAUACAAUCAAGACCACAAGACCAGCACCUUUAGAGAUACUUAACCGUGUAAAAUUUAACAGUACUCAAGAAACUCCUCGUUCGACCAUUAAAGGAUUUCUUAAUCUUCCGAAUCAAACCGACUUAAAGUUCAGCAAGGCAAAUUUGAAGAAAGUGGAAGAACAACUUAAAAAGGCUCUCAGUGAAUUCUACCACAAGCUUAGGCUACUAAAAAGCUACAGUUUCCUUAAUGUUUUGGCCUUCUCAAAAAUCAUGAAGAAAUAUGAUAAGGUUGCUUCAAGAACUGCAUCAAAAUCUUAUAUGACAAUGGUUGAUAAUUCCUAUCUUGGCAGCUCGGAUGAGGUAAUCAAAGUGAUGGAAAGAGUGGAGGCCACAUUCAUCAAGCAUUUCUCCAACUCGAAUCGCAGGAAAGGGAUGGAAACCUUAAGGCCAAAAGCCAAAAAGGCAAGACAUAGAGUUACAUUCUCAAUGGGGUUUCUUGUUGGCUGCACAUUUUCUCUCAUAAUGACCCUUGUUUUAAUAAUACGAGCACGCAAUAUCCUAGAUAAACAAGGCAGAGUUGUAUACAUGGAAACUAUGUUUCCUCUUUACAGUUUGUUCGGAUUUGUUGUUCUCCACAUGCUAAUGUAUGCUGCAAAUAUAUACUUCUGGAAGCGAUAUAGAGUCAACUAUACUUUCAUAUUUGGGUUCAAAGAAGGAACAGAACUCGGCUACACAGAGGUUUUACUCCUUAGUUUUUGUUUAAGUGCACUAGCCCUAGCCAGUGUACUUGCAAAUCUUGAUAUGGAAAUGGAUCCAAAAACGCAAGAUUACAAGGCAAUAACCGAACUUCUCCCGCUCGGUUUAGUACUGCUUGUAAUUGCUAUUCUGCUAUGCCCUUUCAACAUUAUAUACCGCUCCAGCCGAUUCUUCCUGCUUGUCUGCAUAUUUCAUUGUGUCUUUGCACCUUUAUACAAGGUUACAUUACCCGACUUUUUCUCGGCAGAUCAGCUUACAAGCCAGGUUCAAGCCAUUAGAAGCCUACAAUUUUAUGUUUGCUACUAUGGUUGGGGAGACUACAGAGUGAGAGAGAAUAGUUGCAAAGAAAGUAAUGUUUUCAAAACUUUCUCUUUCAUUGUAGCCGUGAUUCCAUACUGGUGGCGCCUCCUUCAGUGUCUGCGCCGUCUGUACGAAGAGAAAGACGCUAUGCAAGGGCUCAAUGGCCUGAAAUAUUUCUCAACAAUUCUAGCAGUUUGUACCAGAACAGCUUAUACUCUUAGCAAAGGAAAUGUUUGGAAGCUCGUAGCUUGGAUAACCUCAGCAAAUGCAACUAUUUUUAGCACAUACUGGGACAUUGUAAUUGACUGGGGUCUUUUCCAGCGCAACUCUAAGAACCGUUUGUUGAGAGACAAGCUUCUUAUUCCACAUAAGAUUGUGUACUUUAUAGCCGUGGUUCUCAAUAUCUUGUUAAGGUUAGCGUGGAUGCAGACAGUGAUGAAUUUCACAAUUUUUUCCUUGCACCGACAAACUAUGAUUGCGCUUGUAGCUUCUCUAGAGAUCCUACGUCGUGGUAUAUGGAAUUUUUUCAGGUUAGAGAAUGAACAUCUUAACAAUGUUGGCAAAUAUCGUGCAUUCAAAUCAGUGCCAUUACCCUUCAAUUACGACGAGGAUGAGGACAGGGAUGAAUAA